GGAUUUUUUUUUGGGUUGUUUUUUUAGGUGAGGUUUGAUUUGGGAUUGUUUUGCAUGUUAGGUGUAAUACCACAAGACCAUUAUUUUAGGUAUAGCUUUGUAAAUGGCCAAUUGUAGCAUUUUGCCCUUAAUAUAAAAAAACAAGACAUAAUGUAUACACAACCUACCCGUUGUCUACUUGCCCAUGACUUCAUUUUGCUAACCACAACUAAAGAUUUCAUUUAUGCUGAGCUUCUCUAAAGAGUAGACGAGUGAGCACAAUAGUCUUUUGUCAUAUUUACUUUUCUCUUAUUGCCGUAAUUGAAUUUGUUUUGUAGUCAUCAUUUCGUUUGGAAACCAAAAUUCUUGAAUGGUUCAAAGACGUCCACUUUUGUUAUCUACUCCGUAUUAAGUAGUAGGACCUUUUAGUAUAAGGGAUCUCAAAUUGCUCAAUGAACGUAUGACUGGAAGCAUACCUUUUUUUGGGUGUAUUUUUGUAUACAAGAUCUAUAUACCUAUUUGUAUAACAGAGAUCGAGCUAAAUAUAGAUAGCAAUAUAGCAGCGGUACAAACUACCCGGACUCUUGUUUAUUUUGUUGUAUAAAUAAAUUACUUCUUUCGUCCCUUAAUACUCGCAUCGGUUUGACCAAUGCGAAGUUUAAGAUAAUUGAUUACUUAUUAAUUUAAUGGAUGUUAGUUGAUAGUGGGAUUUUUUUUAAUAUAGUUAGUGAGAAAUGUGUAAGGGGUAGUUGAGGUGUGAAUUUUUAAAUGAUUUUUUUGUAGGGAGUAGGGGUGUAGGUGGGUUAGUAGGUAAGUGUGAGAAAUAAUAUAAUAUUGGUAAAAGAAAUAUUUAUAGAAGCGGUGCGAGUAUCAAGGGAUGGUCCGGAAAAAAUAUCGAUGCGAGUAUUAAGGGAUGGAGGAAGUAGUUCAUAGAAUGCAAAACGAAAACAAUUACGCUUUUGAAAAAAACCACGUGCAACGCACGUACAUGUCACUAGUUACAUUAAAAAACGCGCCAGGUAGGGGUCGAACCUACGACCUUCUGCUUAGGAAACAGACGCUCUAUCCACUGAGCUACAGGCGCUCUUGUUGUUCAGAUGACCUUUCGUUGUUUACUUAUCACAGUUACUUGAAAAGUCCCGCUAAAUUGAAUUCAAAGUUGUUCGAGUGAGAGCGCAACUUCUGCAAGAGGCGAGAGAAAGAGAGAGCAUUCAGAACUGAGAAGAAGGUGCAAAAAUGGAGGAAAGCAUAAACAAAUUGAGCAAAAACUUAGCAAACUUCUGCAACAAUCUUCAAUCAACUUCCGACGCUUUCAAACAAUCCCUCGAUCGCCGCCCAAUCCCUCUUGAUUCGGCGUCGACCACUUUUAUGCAAUCCCUAAAUCGGAGUGUUUCGUCUUUGACAGGGGAUCUCAAUUUGUUGGAAUCAAUGUCGUUUGGAACUGUGUCGUUUGAAGAGCUUCUGGGUCACUGCAAUCAGAUUUAUAAGCUUAAUCAUUCUAACCUUCUUCACCUUCAUUCUCAUCUUCAAUCUUUGGCUUACAUUCCCCCAAGUGAUGGAGUUGAUGAUCUUGAAGAGGAUUUUAUGGCUCAAAGUAGUAGUUGUGACAGUCCUGAACCUGAGUCGCCAUUCCCUACUUUUCGUCAUGGAAUUACAUCCAACAAUAUGGAUGCUGAUUCAUUAUUCGAAGAGGCACCUAGCUUUCUUGGGUUAUCUGAGAUUAGUCUGGCCACACUCGCGUCUGGAGGGCCUCGCAAACAUGAUCUGCUUAAUAGUCCACCAAAAUUACAGUUUAGCUUCAAGGUCCAGAACCAAGAAACCCCAAGCAUCCUUAAUACAGUUUGUGAAGAGGGAGAUGAACCCAAGGUACACGAAUCUUCAAAAUUGAUACAUGUUUCAAAUGAAGACUAUGAAAGUCUGCCUUCUUACAUGAAAACUGUGGCUCCAUGGAAGGGACUAAAGGGAGAUCUUAUGUCCUGUUGCUGGUGCGCAUGAAGCUGCUGAACGUUGAGACGAAUAACGGAAUGAUUUCUUAUAGAGUGCUGUAGAACAUCUCAUCUGUCAUGGCGAACAAAGUUUUGGUGACUUGAACUUUUUUCGUUUGUGGCUUUCAUAGACUUGUAAAUACUGUAAUAAUGUAAUAUACGCAAACAAAGUGAUUGCUUAGGUUUCACCCUUGUGCAAAGGGGAACCUAAGUUCUUUUUCCUUACCUUUUUUUUUAAAAAAAAAUAUGUAAUAUACGCAACAAAACGUCUGUUCAAUUCAGAAGGGUUUCAAGCAACUCUAUUUGCUUAACCCUGUUUUCUCUUAUUUCAA